AUGAGCAGCUCCUUCAAGCGGAGCUCCCUUCGCAGUUCCACCUCGGGAUCGCAGAAGGGACACAAGGCGUGGAUCGAGAGGACCUUCUGCCGGCGAGAGUGCAUCUGCGUGGUGCCCAGCACCAAGGACCCCAGCAGGUGUUGCUGCGGCCAGCUCAUCAGCCUGCAUGUCCCGCCUCCGCCCGGCGUGGCGUCCGCCAAAAAUGGGGAGGAGAGCCGGGAGCCGGAGGGGCCCCCGGAGAAGUGGUCGGUGGCCAGACACACCCAGGCCUACCCGACCGACGCCUACGGCACGCUGGAGUUCCAGGGCGGCGGCUACUGCAACAAAGCCAUGUACGUCCGCCUGGCCCACGACACGAAGCCGGACGCGCUGCUGCACCUCAUGGUGAAGGACUGGCAGCUGGAGCUGCCCAAGCUGCUCGUCUCGGUGCACGGGGGCCUGCAGGCCUUCCCGCUGCCGCCCAAGCUCAAGCAGGUGUUCGGCAAGGGCCUGGUCAAGGCCGCCGUGACCACGGGCGCCUGGAUCUUCACCGGGGGCGUCAGCACGGGGGUCAUCAGCCACGUGGGGGACGCGCUGAAGGAGCACGCCUCCACCUCGCGGGGCCGCGUCUGCGCCAUCGGCAUUGCGCCCUGGGGCCUGGUGGAGAACAAGGAGGACCUGCUGGGGAGGGACGUGACCCGGCUCUACCAGACCAUGUCCAACCCGCUGAGCAAGCUGUCCGUGCUCAACUCCUCCCACACGCACUUCGUCCUGGCCGACAACGGCACACUGGGUCGCUAUGGCGCCGAGGUGAAGCUGCGGCGGCAGCUGGAGAAGCACAUCUCCCUGCAGAAGAUCAACACACGCCUGGGCCAGGGCGUGCCGGUGGUGGGCCUGGUGGUGGAGGGGGGCCCCAACGUCUUCUCCGUGGUGCUGGAGUACCUACAGGAGGAGCCCCCGGUGCCCGUGGUGGUGUGCGACGGCAGCGGCCGGGCCUCUGACAUCCUGUCCUUCGCGCACAAGUACUGCGAGGACGGAGGGGUCAUCGGCGAGCCACUGCGCGACCAGCUGCUGGUCACCAUCCAGAAGACAUUCAACUGCAGCCGGCCCCACGCGCUGCAGCUGCUGGCGGUGCUGGCGGAGUGCAUGAAGAGGAAGGAGCUGGUGACGGUGUUCAGGAUGGGCGCUGAGGGGCAGCCGGACAUGGAGAUGGCGAUUCUGACCGCCCUGCUGAAGGGGACCAACGCGUCCGCCCCGGACCAGCUGAGCCUGGCGCUGGCCUGGAACCGCGUGGAUAUUGCCCGGAGCCAGAUCUUCGUCUUCGGGCCCCACUGGCCGCCCCUGGGCAGCCUGGCCCCGCCGGCGGACAGCAAGGCCACGGAGCGGGGGAAGAGGCAGCCCACGGCCACCAGCAGGGGCCGGGCCAAGGGCAAGCGCCAGGCGAAGGGCAAGGAGGAGGCGGAGGAGGAGGCCGACCCCCGCAAGCAAGAGCUGCUCAACUGGGUGACCGCGCUGGAGCAGGCCAUGCUGGACGCCCUGGUGCUGGACCGUGUGGAGUUCGUGAGGCUGCUGAUCGAGAACGGGGUCAGCAUGCAGCGCUUCCUCACCGUCCCGCGGCUGGAGGAGCUAUACAACACGAGACUCGGGCCGCCCAACACGCUGCACCUGCUCGUCAGGGACGUGAAGAAGGGCAACCUGCCGCCCGACUACCACAUCAGCCUCAUCGACAUCGGGCUGGUGCUGGAGUACCUCAUGGGCGGCGCCUACCGCUGCCACUACACCCGCAAGAGCUUCCGGACGCUCUACAACACCCUGUUCGGGCCCAAGCGGCCGAAGGCGCUUAAGCUUCUGGGGAUGGAGGACGAGGAGCCCCCGGCCAAGGGGAAGCGGAAGAAAAAGCGUGGGAAGGAGGAGGAGGUGGAGGUGGACGUGGACGACCCGGCCGUCAGCCGCUUCCGGCACCCGUUCCACGAGCUGAUGGUGUGGGCCGUGCUGAUGAGGCGGCAGCGCAUGGCGGUGUUCCUGUGGCGGCGCGGCGAGGAGAGCAUGGCCCGCGCCCUGGUGGCCUGCAAGCUCUACAAGGCCAUGGCCCACGAGUGCGCCGAGAGCGAGCUGGUGGACGACGUGUCCCAGGACCUGGACAGCUACUCCAAGGACUUCGGGCAGCUGGCCGUGGAGCUGCUGGACCAGUCCUACCGGCACGACGAGCAGGUGGCCAUGAAGCUGCUCACCUGCGAGCUGCGGAACUGGAGCAACUCCACCUGCCUCAAGCUGGCCGUGGCCGCCAAGCACCGCGACUUCAUCGCCCACACCUGCAGCCAGAUGCUGCUCACCGACAUGUGGAUGGGGCGGCUGCGCGUGCGCAAGAACCCGGGCCUGAAGGUCAUCCUGGGCAUCCUCCUGCCGCCCACCAUCCUGCUGCUGGAGUUCCGCACGCAUGACGACUUCUCCUACCAGACGGCCAAGGAGAACGAGCUGGGCCGGGAGCAGGAGGAGGAGGCCGCGGACCCCAGCGCGGACGCCGGCUCCAGGAAGGGGGACGAGGAGAGCGAGCACAGGAAGCAGCGGGGCCUCCCCAUCGGGACCAAGAUCUGCGAGUUCUACAACGCGCCCAUCGUCAAGUUCUGGUUCUACACGAUCUCCUACCUGGGCUACCUGCUGCUCUUCAACUACGUCAUCCUGGUGCGCAUGGAGCGCUGGCCCUGCCUGCAGGAGUGGGUGGUCAUUGCCUACAUCGUGACGCUGGCCCUGGAGAAGGUGCGGGAGAUCCUCAUGUCGGAGCCGGGCAAGCUGAGCCAGAAGGUGAGGGUGUGGCUGCAGGAGUACUGGAACCUCACGGACCUGGCGGCCAUCGCCGUGUUCCUGGCGGGCGCCGCGCUGCGCCUGCAGCGGGAGCCGUACAUGGGCUACGGCCGCGUGCUCUACUGCGUGGACGUCAUCUUCUGGUACGUCCGCGUGCUCGGCAUCUUCGGCGUCAGCAAGUACCUGGGGCCCUACGUGAUGAUGAUCGGCAAGAUGAUGGUCGACAUGCUGUACUUCGUGGUGAUCAUGCUGGUCGUGCUGAUGAGCUUCGGCGUCGCCCGCCAGGCCAUCCUGCACCCGGACGAGGAGCCGUCGUGGCGGCUGGCCCGUAACAUCUUCUACAUGCCCUACUGGAUGAUCUACGGGGAGGUGUUUGCGGACCAGACCGACCUCUACGCCAUGGAAAUCAACCCUCCGUGUGGCGAGAACCAGUAUGACGAGGAGGGCCGGCGUCUGCCGCCCUGCAUCCCAGGCGCCUGGCUGACCCCCGCCAUCAUGGCCUGCUACCUGCUGGUGGCCAACAUCCUGCUGGUCAACCUGCUCAUCGCCGUCUUCAACAACACCUUCUUCGAGGUGAAGUCCAUCUCCAACCAGGUGUGGAAGUUCCAGCGCUACCAGCUCAUCAUGACCUUCCACGACCGGCCGGUGCUGCCGCCGCCCAUGAUCCUGCUGAGCCACCUCUACAUCAUCGCCCGGCGGCUGGGCGGCCGCUGCCGCCGGAGGCGGGAGGGCGAGCAGGACGAGCAGGACCGCGGGCUGAAGCUGUUUCUCAGCGACGAGGAGCUGAAGCGGCUGCACGAGUUCGAGGCGCAGUGUGUGCAGGAGCACUUCCAGGGGAAGGAGGACGAGCAGCAGUCGUCCAGCGAGGAGCGCAUCCGUGUCACCUGCGACAGGGUGGAGAACAUGUCCAUGCAGCUGGAGGAGAUGAACGAGCGGGAGGGCUUCAUGAAGACGGCGCUGCAGACCGUGGACCUGCGGCUCUCGCAGCUGGAGGAGCUGUCGGGCCGUGUGGCCGGCGCCCUGGAGGCCCUGGCGGGCAUCGACCGCUCCGAGCUGCUGCCCGGGCGCUCCCGGGCCUCCUCCGAGGGCGAGACCACCUUCCUGCUGCGGCAGGGCAGCGUGCACAGCGCCGACAGCAGCGCGGGCGGCGGCGGAUACCGCUUCCCCCUGCCCGCCGAGGAGCCGGGCCCGGGGCUGGGCACCAAGAGAGCCUGCUCCUUCCGAGGGAAGGCAGAGAAGGACCCCGGGGGCAGCUGGCUGGCCUCAGACCACGGCCAGGACCCGCCGGGCCGAGCGAGGGGGAGGGAGGAGACGAAGGCCCUGCCCGCAGAGCAGACAUCGGAUUUGCAGAACACGCAGCUCACGGUCGGAGCUGCCGCAGCAGCAGGGACGGAGGCGGCUGCUCCCAGGCCUCCGGGACACACCAACAGGCCCCGCUCCGGCCCCGACGAGGCGUUCGGCGCCUGUCACACCCUGGAGUCCACCAGCGUCGUGUACUCCCACGGCAGGAGGCUGGUCGGUGAGCCAGGGACGUGCGGGCCGGGCGUGGGCCAGGCGUGGGCCGCGGAGUGGAAGUACCAGGUCCACAGGAUCACGCGGUCCCGCAGCACCGACCUGCCCCCGUACGCGGUGUCGGAAGCCGCGAGGCUGGCAGGCCCGGAGGAGGAGGAGGAGGAGGAGGCUGGCGGUGCCGCUGCUCCAGGGGUUCCCUGGACGCCCCGCCCGUCCCUGGCCGUGGCCGAGCCCGCGGAGACGGGGAACCUGCUGACGGUGGGCGCGGGCCGGGCGCCGGGGUUCCCGUCGUUGAGGUCCAAGAGCUUGCACGGCCGCCCGGGGAGGGCUCCGGGCGCGCGGGCCCGGCUAGACACCCCCGGGCACGCCGGCAGCGUGGGCAGCCUCGUCGGCACGCCCAAGACGGAGGCCACACCUGCAGAAACGGAAUGCUGA